UGUUUAACGCAUUAUAAUGCCCUUGACUUGAAAGUAAGCAUGCACCGACUGCUAGGUGUAUUGUAAAAGUGGCUCAGUUUUGUUUUGACGCAGAUUCGAAAAGCAUUUCACAGUCUUAACAGCGUGUUUGUGAACAAUGUGAUUUUUGAGUUGACAACGCUACUACAAACUCGGAAAUGGUAACUCCUAAUCUAGUCAGAAAGAUUUCCUCCAAGAGGACUUUGGUGUCCAGUAUGAUAGUAGGAGCAGUUGCUGUAACCAUUUUGAUUACAAUUUCUGUAAUUAAUGCACGUGUAAUAAACGAUGAUCCUAAAGAACUUCAACUUUUACAUGUUAUAUAUCGACAUGGCCCUAGAACACCUGCUGAUACCUACCCGAACGAUCCCUACAUCAAUGAAACAUUUUAUCCAGUAGGAUGGGGGCAAAUUACUAAUCCUGGAAAAGUACAAAUGUAUGAGUUGGGCAAAUGGUUAAGAGAGAGAUAUGGGAAUUUCUUGGGAUCCCUUUACAAUCCUAGUGAAUUUUACGUUCAAACAACAGAUGUAGAUAGGACUAAAGUAACCGCUCAACUUAUUAAUGCUGGACUAUGGCCACCUAAUUCGGUACAAAAAUGGGGACCCUUAGAUUGGCAACCCAUUCCAGUACAUUCAGAGCCACUUCAUCUCGAUCAUUUGCUGUUAGUGAGAAAACCUUGUGCUCAAUACAGCUUGGAAUUGGAGCGACUGGAGAAAUCUGACGAAAUUCAACUGAUGUUGAACGAAUACAAAGAUCUGUUUAACAAUCUUACCGCGAUUACUGGAAAGAAUGUGAAAACAUUUGAUGAUGUGCAAGACAUAUACAGCACUCUUAUUGCGGAAGAACAUUUCAACUUGACUUUACCCGAAUGGACGAAAGACUACUUCCCAGACAAAAUGGUACCACCUACUGUUUUCAGUUACGUACUAAAUGCGUACAACACGAAGCUACAAAGACUUAAAGGAGAUAUUCUUAAAAAACUCCACCGAUGUUCCUCCACACCAAUUAACUAUACCCGGUUGUGAAUCGUUCUGUCCAUUAGAUAAAUUAAUUGAUUUAACGUUGGAAGUAAUUCCUGGUAAUUGGGAAGAAGAAUGUGCUUCAGAUGAUCCGAACUACGUGCCUCCACCACCGAGUGGUCCUUAGCAGCAUUAAUUGUUAAUUGUUAAUUUUGAUAAAUAAAAAACGUUAACUGAUA